UGUAAACCAGUUUGUAACAAUUUUAUCUAGAAGGUUUAUCAAACAUUAAUUGCCAAAAGUGAGAUAAUUUUCCAAGAAAAGGGCGGCACAAAGAUCUAGUUGCCAUAGCUGAUGGAUCAUAAGUUUCUCAACACCGACAGAACCGGAAUAGACCAAAAGAUAGAUCGGGAGUCGCUGUAUCUUCGGCUUGUUGCUCUCAGACAAAAGAUGCAGACCUGAUUCGGCGACCUCCAUAGACGACACAGGUCCUGCUCGAGUCGAGGCCAACUGUUGCCACUACCCUUUUGCUCGAAAGCGAGUUCGGACCCAAUGAACCGUACAUUUAACCCUUGCCCAGAUGAAAAUUAUGCAAAUAUUAGGAGAUUGAUGAGGCAGAGUGAGGACGAUCCGAAGAAUCUGUUGGACAAGGAUCCGCACAGUGAUUUCAAGAGCAACCAAGAAGUGAAAUGCGGGUUCAGUUCGAUUCGAGUAAUGGGUAUGUUCGUGGUUCUGAUGAUGUUCAUUUCUGUGAUCUUUUCGGUGACUGUGGUUCUCAGAGACCCCCCAUCGGAUGCUGUAAUUGAAGUUUCAGAUUUGGAGAUUUCUCUGGCGAACUCUGAUCCAGAUUCUAAGGAUGGAGAUCUUCAUUCGGUUAUACAUCCAGUCGAUAAACUGCUCGGUGGCCUUCUUUCUUCCAAACAUGGGAUGGGUUCGUGUCUGAGUAGGUACAAUUCAGUUGCUUAUCAACACAAGCUGGCGUACGAACCCUCUUCUUAUCUAAUCUCCAAAUUGCGGAGCUAUGAAGAUCUUCAUAAGCGUUGUGGAGUUUAUACUGAAUCUUACAACAAAACUUUGGAACAGCUUAGAUUUAAUGGUAGUAGCAGCUCCUCAGACUGUAAAUAUCUUCUGUGGAUUUCCUUCAGUGGGUUAGGGAAUAGAAUACUGACCCUUGCUUCGGCAUUUCUUUAUGCUCUCCUCACAAAUCGCGUGUUACUCGUGGACCCUGGAACUGACAUGGCUGAUCUCUUCUGUGAACCAUUUCCUGAGGUUUCUUGGUUUCUUCCCCAAGAUUUCCCAUUAAAAGGUGAGUUCAACAACUUCAACCAGAACUCUCCUAAUUGCUAUGGGAAAAUACUGAAGAAUAGCGCAACGACAGACUCGAGUGAAAUGAUACUGCCAUCUGUUGUCUAUCUUCAUUUGGUCCAUGAUUAUGAUGAUGUUGAUAAGCUUUUUUUCUGUGAUCAAGACCAAUCUGUUCUGCAGCAAUCACCUUGGCUUGUUAUGAGAACAGACAACUAUUUUGUGCCGUCUCUCUUUUUGAUCCCGUCAUUCGAGAAAGAACUCGAUGAACUUUUCCCAAAUAAAGAUACAGUUUUCCACUUCUUGGGUCGAUAUCUGUUUCACCCCACRAAUUCGGUUUGGGGACUCAUUACAAGAUAUUAUCAAGCUUAUUUGGCUAGAGCAAGUGAGAAAAUAGGUAUUCAGAUUAGAGUGUUCGACAUCGGGACUGGACCUUUUCAGCACAUCCUGGAUCAGGUUCUGGCUUGUACCCUGAAGGAGAAUCUGUUGCCAGAAACAAAUAAGCAGAUGAAUAUCGUCGGUCCAGCUAGUAAUCAGAAGUCAAAGGCCGUGCUGAUAACUUCCCUGAGUGCUGGUUACUACGAGAAGUUGAGAGACAUUUACUGGGAAAAUCCGACUGUGACGGGAGAGAGAAUUAGUUUUUACCAACCAAGUCAUGAGGAACACCAGCAAACUGAGAAGAGUAUACAUAACCAGAAGGCAUGGGCAGAGAUGUAUUUGUUAAGUACCACCGACGUAUUGGUCACCAGCUCGUGGUCAACGUUCGGAUAUGUGGCUCAAGGUCUUAGUGGUCUGAAACCAUGGAUAUUAUACAAACCCGAGAAUCGUACUGCACCCGAUCCGCCUUGUCAUCGAGCCAUGUCCAUGGAGCCCUGUUUCCACGCACCGCCUUUCUACGACUGCAAGGCUAAGAAAGGAACGGACACAGGUAAACUUGUUCCUCAUGUGAGGCAUUGCGAGGACAUGGCCUGGGGGCUUAAGCUGGUUGAUCAUUAUGAUUGAUUUUGCUGAUUUUGUUAUGAUAUUGUUAUAUGACUCAACAAAUUUUGCAAUUUGUAGGCUGUAGAAGAUCAUCAGUUUACUUAAAAAACAAACUCUUGAGUUC